GCUCCGGGAAAAGCGCAAAGAAGCCAACGCACCAGCUGACCUCAUGGCGCAACUGUGAGCUCAUCGAGGGGCGGACGACCAGCCAGACGAACGUGCACAGCACGCAUAUGCGUACAAAUGAGCUCAUCGCGCCCAGUUCGUAUGCGCUCGCGGACACUCAUCUCGUGUCCUGCCGGAGGGGUCACGUGGAAGUACCCGAGCGGAAACCGCCGCGCUCGGCAGUCAGGGGGAGCACCUCCACCCUUUCCAAAAAAUGUCCCGGAAAUGCCUUCGCCCUCAGUAAAGAUGGCCGCUGCACUUGGCGCGAGGAAGGCGGGGUUGCGCCUGCGCUACAAGUUCGCCGGGGAAGAUGGCGGAUGACAAGGAUUCUCUGCCCAAGCUUAAGGACCUGGCAUUUCUCAAGAACCAGCUGGAACGCCUGCAGCAGCGUGUGGAAGAAGAAGUCAGCAGUGGUGUGAGCCAGGAUGGCUCGCUCUUGUCCUCCCCAUUCCUCAAGGGCUUCUUAGCCGGCUAUGUGGUGGCCAAACUGAGGGCAUCAGCAGUAUUGGGCUUUGCCUGUGGGUACCUGCACUGGCAUCUACGCAGCUCAGGCAUAUGCCGUGCCCAAUGUGGAGAAGACAUUGAGGGACUAUCUUCGGUCAUUGCGAAAGGGGCCUGACUAGCUCUGGAUCCCAUGGGGGAGAAAGGAUGAGCACCUCUGGCCUGCAGGUAGAGGCCUUUCAACCACAGACACCAUAUUUGGCUUCCCUACCUAUCACCCUUUUGCUAUCUCCAGCUUGCCCACAGCCUUCAUCCUUGCUUUCCUUCCUGCAGAGGGUAAGUGGUGGCUUAUCAGCCAGCAGUUUUUGGACGCCCCUCCUUAACCCCAAAGAAGCCACCCGAAAACUGUGGCUUCUAGAGCCACCAGCCCCUUUCUUUUACAUCCCUGACUGUGGAGUUUGCUGCUGAUUCUGAUUCUCAGUAUACUCUCUAGCAAUGUACCACAGCUCCUCCCUCCGGAGAGCUGGCUCCAUAUUGAUUUUCCCCAAACUUGAUAGAAUUCCCAUUGCCCCCUUGCUAGCCACACAAGCCACCCAGGGUCUGGUUUGGGCAUGAGUGUAGAGGACGGGGGUAUGCCAGGCCUGGGCCGUCCCAGGCAGGCCCGCUGGACCCUGAUGCUACUCUUAUCCACUGCCAUAUAUGGUGCCCAUGCCCCAUUACUGGCACUGUGCCAUGUGAACGGCAAAGUGCCCUUCCGGCCCUCCUCAGCUGUGCUGCUGACCGAGUUGACCAAGCUACUGUUGUGCGCCUUCUCCCUCUUGGUGGGCUGGCAGGCAUGGCCCCAGGGGGCCCCACCAUGGCGCCAGGCUGCCCCAUUUGCACUAUCAGCCCUACUCUACGGAGCUAACAACAACCUAGUCAUCUAUCUUCAACGCUAUAUGGACCCCAGCACCUACCAGGUGCUGAGCAAUCUCAAGAUUGGAAGCACGGCCCUGUUCUACUGCCUCUGUCUCCGGCACCGCCUCUCUGCACGUCAGGGCUUAGCACUGCUGCUGCUGAUGGUGGCAGGGGCUUGUUAUGCAGCUGGUGGCCUCCAGGACCCUGGGAACACCCUUCCUGGAUCCCCGUUAGCAGUUGCUGCUGGCCCCAUGCCCCUGCAUAUCACUCCACUGGGACUGCUACUUCUCAUCCUGUACUGCCUCAUCUCAGGCCUCUCGUCCGUGUACACAGAACUGCUCAUGAAGCGACAGCGGCUGCCCCUAGCACUUCAGAACCUCUUCCUCUACACUUUUGGUGUGCUCCUAAAUCUAGGUCUGCAUGCAGGUGGCGGCCCUGGCCCGGGCCUCCUGGAGGGUUUCUCAGGAUGGGCAGCGCUUGUGGUACUGAGCCAGGCAGUAAAUGGACUGCUCAUGUCAGCUGUCAUGAAGCACGGCAGCAGCAUCACACGCCUCUUUGUUGUGUCCUGCUCACUUGUGGUCAAUGCUGUGUUCUCAGCAGCCCUGCUGCGGCUACAGCUCACAGCUGCCUUCUUCCUGGCCACACUGCUUAUUGGUCUGGCUGUGCGCCUGUAUUAUGGCAGCCGCUAGCCCCUGACCACCUCCACCUGGACUCCUGACCCUGAAGAUUGGCCACCAUCAGAGCCACCUCCCAGGCCUCCCGACCCUUCCUCAGCAGCCAGCCCUGUAACAAGUGCCUUGUGAUAAAAGGUGGGGAAGUGAGAGCAGCCAGGUUAGUCUCUAGAAGUGGGUGAAUGAAGGGUUACCCCAGGAGACUGAGUUUAAUUAAAGAAACUUCCCAAAAGUUCGUCUAAGGAAUUGGGGGAGCAUCCAUACCUCAGCCUAAAAAUGACCCCAUCUCCAUUGGAGGAGACUCCCUGCCUCAUCCUGCAUGAAUGCAGUUGUUUCAAGUGGGGUGUGGACAAAAGUUGGCUCUCCUUGCCUCCUGUGGUCACCCCAGCAGACCCAUUGCCCCCAGGCCUGAUGACAGCUAUUCCACCCCAGCUUUGGUACAUGAAUCCCCCAUUAGAGACAUUCAUCCCCGCACCAUAAUGCAAGAAACCCUAUUGCUACCCAGGCCUCUCUUCCAAGCUCCCUUGGCUCCAGCAGCACCUGGAGACAAUGCCCCCUGCUCCCUCCACAGUGCUGCUCUCCAUAUCCACCCAGCUUUGUUCUGGAAACUCCAGAGAGGGCUGGAGCUUGACCCAUCUCAGGGAAUGUUGCCCCUGGGCCCUGGCUUAAGGCUAUACUCCGGAUCUCUGCUCACCCCAAGGGCCCUCUCAAAGCCCACUGCCCCCUCUACAACUCCUAGGAGGUACCAUUCUUCUCACUCUGGGUCCUACCCCUGCCUAGCAGUGUCCUAGCUCUCAACAGCUUAGGGAAGCUCUACACAGAGUAACCUGGAACCAGGCACAGGGAAAUUUGGUAUAACUCAAUCAGUGUCUCUAUGUAAGCAAUAAGGUCUUAAUAAAGUAUUCUGGGGUGCAGGUUCUGCAAUUGAC